CUCUGCCAGCCCCUGAGCUCGUCCUGCUUACAUCUGCCUGAGUACAUAAUAUCCAUCAGCGUGAACACCGCACGCCUUGUUCGAAGCAGGAACACGGCAUCUUCGAUUUAUUAUACAGAUCGCAUCUACGUAAGAGCAAAGCAAAAAGAGAUGGGAUCUUGGGAUUGCUUCUGUGCUCUUUGCGGGGCGAGGCUGUCGAGUUGUGUCCAGUUCAAAUCUCGCCCGACUCAAACCGCAGAACAAGACAACAACGAUGACGGGCAGGACUCGGGCGCAUCUGGUAAUGACCCCUUUUCCACCGAAACCCACGCAUACGACCCAGAUGUCCUCGCCGAAAAAGAUGUGGAAUGGUUGUCUACAUGCAGGCUCUUGGGAAAAUUAGUUGAGGACGAUUUUAACAAAGCGUUUAUCACUCGGAGAGGGUACUAUGGUGAUCAUGGGUCUUUUGGUAUCUUUGGUGAUAGGGCUGAAAGGCAGAGUGAAGAACUGGACCCAAACGACCCAGGCUUCUACUCACACGCUUGUUACCAAGAAACCAUCCACGAAACCGUUGGAUAUCCAUUCCACGAAAAAUGCUGGGAAAUUAUAUCUAAACUGGUCCUUGGGUACAAAAGCAUCAAUGAAAUAGACAAAGCAGCCAUGUAUUCCGCCAUGGAAGACUUUACUUUGAGUGAUCGCUCUCUCCAACUGUCCUACGGUCUCAUGCACGGCCAAAGUCAAUACUGGAACUGCUAUCCCGGUGAAGAGGCUACCGUUUGCGACCCUGGGCUCAACAUACUGACCUCCGGGGAUAUUAUGAGUGCGCUACCAACGGGACCUCCAAAAUACCUCACUCUCAGCGAGAAGAUCGUCCAAGAUCCAUUUUCUCAGCUUCCGUUCGAUGUAAUUCACAUCAUCCUGGCUAAGCUUUUGGGUCCAUCCCGCUUGAAGCUAUUAACUGCGUCCCAUCACGUCUAUCAACAAUCAUGUAGCGAUUCGUUCUGGAAAUGGAUGAUGCGAACGGACAUCGUGCCUUGGUGCCCCGAACUCCACUCUUUGCUGAACGACCCGGAAUUUGUUUCACCACGAGUGGAUCUCAAGCGCGCGUAUCUGUACAUGAAGUACGCAACGAAUGCGAGAGCCAACAGACCAGGGCCUUUCAUGGGCCUGGCGAAUCGAAGGAGGAUCAUUGCUGCGUGCAAACCACUUGCAGAGCUUUAUCAAGAUAUUCUCGAGCAGGACAGCGACUAA